AGGGAGGGAGGGCCGAGGAGCAGGUGGCGGGCUGGUGGCCUCUGCCGGCUGGCAGGACGGUGGUGGCUCGGCCUCCGGGUCCAGAGACCCAGCUUCCUCCUUUCCCGUCGGAGCCUGCCCCCGAUGCCUGCCAGACCUUGGCCUGUUCCAGGGCCCCCUCCUGACCAGCCUCCCACCCCAGAUUGAUUGGGGAGUCGGGGGCUGAACUGUCUGGGGGCCACCUCGCUACCAAUGCACUGCCGGGUCUUUCGGGGCCUGGCGGGAGCCCUCUUUACCCUCCUGUGCGUGGGGCUCCUGUCUCUACGAUACCCCUCAAGCCCGCUCAGGCUGAACCCACCGAACCCGGGACCCCUGGAGCUGCAGCUGGGCGACAUCUUCAUCGCAGUCAAGACUACCCGGGCCUUCCACCGCUCCCGCCUGGACCUGCUACUUGACACCUGUCUUCAGACACACCAGAAGAGGGAUCUCAUUACAGAUGGUUGUGAGACACCAUGUGGUUGCUGGGAUUUGAACUCAGGACCUUCAGAAGAGCAGUCAGUGCUCUUAACCGCUGAGCCAUCUCUCCAGCCCCGAGAGACGUUCAUCUUCACUGACAGCCCAGAUGAACGCCUUCAGGAGAGACUAGGCCCACACCUUGUGGUCACCAACUGUUCUGCAGAGCACAGCCAUCCUGCCCUGUCCUGCAAGAUGGCUGCAGAGUUCGAUGCUUUCUUGGACAGUGGCCUCAGGUGGUUCUGUCAUGUGGAUGACGACAACUACGUGAACCCCAAGGCUCUGCUGCAGCUGUUGAAAACCUUCCCGCAGGACCAGGAUGUCUAUGUGGGCAAGCCCAGCCUGAACCGGCCCAUCCACGCCUCUGAGCUGCAACCAAAAAACCGCACGGUCUGCUCCUUCCUCUGCCUGUUGCUCUUGAGGCUGGUGCGGUUCUGGUUUGCCACAGGGGGCGCUGGCUUCUGCAUCAACCGCCAACUGGCUUUGAAGAUGGUGCCAUGGGCCAGCGGCUCCCACUUCGUGGACACUUCCGCUCUCAUCCGGCUCCCCGACGACUGCACCGUGGGCUACAUCAUCGAGUGCAAGCUGGGGGCGCGCCUGCAGCCCAGCCCCCUCUUCCAUUCACAUCUGGAAACCCUGCAGCUGCUGGGGGCCGCCCAGCUACCGGAGCAGGUCACCCUCAGCUACGGAGUCUUCGAGGGGAAACUGAAUGUCAUCAAGCUACCUGGCCCCUUCUCCCAUGAAGAGGACCCCUCCAGAUUUCGUUGCUUCCAUUGUCUCCUCUACCCGGACACACCCUGGUGUCCGCUGCUGCCAGCGUCCUGAGCUCUGAACUGCCGCAAAGGAUGAUGGGUGCGUCUGCCUGACCUCUCCCCCACCUCCCAAGCAGCCCCGAGGGCUCUUGGUCCAGCGCACACUGGCAGAUGGUCCCUGGCAGGGCCUCUGGGUGACAGAAAAGGCCACGGUGUGGACACUGCUUGGUGUUGAAGGUGUCUCGGGCCCAGACACCUGGUCACACCACAGAGGCGGCCGGGACGCUUGAGUUGGUGUGCGGGAGGGAGGGGAUUGGGGUCCUCACCCUCCUGAGGGUGACAUGUGCCCUGCCAGGAGUCUGGCCUCUGCCUCUGGCCUCAGCCAUUCCUUACGGACUAGAGUCAUUGGGAUAAAACCGGAGUCUGUGACCUGCAGCUAUGGGACUGGUCUCAGCCGGCUGCUCCUGGUUCUGCUCAGCUGGGCAGCGGACCUAUUGGAAGCCCUGCAGGCUCAGGUGCCGAUUGCCAUCAACCUUUGGCUCCCUGUCCCAGCCAUCUCCGCUGUGAGGAGCUACCCUAUGACCCCGUGGAACUGAACAAAGCCAACAGAAGGGUUUCUGAAGUACAUUCCUAGCCCAAGAACCUGUCUUCCUACUGUGAAGGUGGGUGUGAUGGCCGGAUCUGGGGAAGCUACUUUGGCACCAUGAGGGAAAGACCAAGACAAUCUAAAGCUGUUCUCCCUAAUGCCUGUUCUGUAAGAAAUUAAACUUUUAUUUAAGUCUCA